AUGAAGCAGGUUUGUGCUGGGUGGGGGCUUUGGGCAGGGAUGUGGUGGACCGUGUGUGAGGAUUGUGAGAGGGGAUUGGUGGUUGGGGUGGUUUUUAUGGGGCUUGGAAAGGAUGCUGGGGGGAGGGAAAUGUUUUGUCUGUUUCCUGACCUCACUGCAAUAUUGUAUCUUCAUAUCUACCAUAUCGUCGAUCAGUUGGUGGUCAGCCUCGAACCGUAG